CCGCGUCCGACCUCUAAUCUCAGCUGCGGCAGAGGGAGCCCGAGCCCCGUCACUCACAAAGUGGUCUUGCGGGGAAGAGGACAGUGGCGGGUGGCGAGUGUCCAAAGGAAGAAGUGGGGACGCUGGUUCCGGGCUGAGGAGGUGGAAGGGGUCACGGCUACGGAGGAAGGAGGAGGAGGGGAGGCCCUGAAAGUGCGGCUGGAAGAGGAAGAUGCCCAGUACGGACCUACUGAUGUUGAAGACCUUUGAGCCCUACUUCGAGAUUUUGGAAGUAUAUUCCACAAAGGCCAAGGAUUAUGUAAAUGGACAUUGCACCAAGUAUGAGCCCUGGCAGCUAAUUGCAUGGAGUGUUGUGUCGACGCUGCUGGUAGUCUGGGUAUAUGAAUUUAUCUUCCAGCCGGAGAGUUUAUGGUCAAGGUUUAAAAAGAAAUGCUUUAAGCUCAUCAGGAAGAUGCCUAUUAUUGGUCGAAAGAUCCAAGAGGAGUUGAACAAGGCCAAGGAUGAUAUUAGCAAGAACAUGUCAUUUCUGAAAGUGGACAAAGAGUACGUGACAGUUCUGCCCUCCCAAGGCCUGAGCCCGUCCGCGGUUCUGGAGAAGCUCAAGGACUACAGCGCUAUGGAUCUCUUCUGGCAAGAAGGGCGAGCCUCCGGAGCAGUGUACUGUGGGGAGGAAACGCUCACCGAGUUCCUCGUGAAGGCUUAUGGCAGUUUUGCGUGGAGUAACCCACUGCAUCCAGAUAUCUUCCCAGGGCUGCGGAAGAUAGAGGCGGAGAUUGUGAGGAUAGCUUGUUCCCUGUUCAAUGGGGGCCCAGAUUCCUGUGGAUGUGUGACCUCUGGGGGGACAGAAAGCAUACUGAUGGCCUGCAAAGCUUAUCGGGACCUGGCCUUAGAGAAUGGGAUCAAAACUCCAGAAAUUGUGGCCCCCCAAAGUGCCCAUGCUGCAUUUGACAAAGCAGCCCAUUAUUUUGGGAUGAAGAUUGUACGGGUUCCACUGAACAAAAUGAUGGAGGUGGAUGUUCGGGCAAUGAGAAGGGCCAUCUCCAGGAACACCGCCAUGCUCGUCUGCUCCACCCCCCAGUUUCCUCACGGUGUGAUAGAUCCUGUCCCUGAAGUGGCCAAGCUGGCUGUCAAAUACAAAAUACCUCUUCAUGUAGACGCUUGUCUGGGGGGCUUCCUCAUCGUCUUCAUGGAAAAAGCAGGAUACCCACUGGAGCACCCAUUUGAUUUCCGGGUGCAAGGUGUGACCAGCAUUUCAGCGGACACGCACAAGUAUGGCUACGCCCCCAAAGGUUCUUCCGUGGUGUUAUACAGUGACAAGAAGUACAGGAGCUAUCAGUUCUUUGUGGAUCCAGAUUGGCAAGGUGGCAUCUACGCUUCCCCGACCAUCGCGGGCUCACGGCCUGGUGGCAUUAGUGCAGCCUGCUGGGCCGCCUUGAUGCACUUCGGUGAGAGCGGCUAUGUUGAAGCUACCAAACAGAUCAUCAAAACUGCUCGCUUCCUCAAGUCAGAACUGCAAAAAAUCAAAGGCAUCUUUGUGUUUGGGGAUCCUCAAUUGUCAGUCAUUGCUCUGGGCUCUCGUGAUUUUGACAUCUACCGGCUGUUUAACCUGAUGACUGCGAAGGGGUGGAACUUGAACCAGCUGCAGUUCCCAUCCAGUAUUCACUUCUGCAUCACGUUAGUGCACACGCGGAAGCGAGUAGCCAUACAGUUCCUAAAGGACAUCCGGGAGUCUGUCACUCAGAUCAUGAAGAAUCCUAAAGCAAAGACCACAGGAAUGGGUGCUAUCUACGGCAUGGCUCAGACCACUGUCGACAGGAACCAGGUAGCAGAGUUGUCCUCGGUCUUCUUGGACAGCCUUUUCUGCACAGACACUGUAACUCAGGGCAGCCAGAUGAACGGUUCUCCGAAACCCCGCUGAGCCUGGACUCUGCCUAGCCCCGAGGGGUUUCUGGCCUUCAGGAGGUUCUCGGAGUGUGGAACAGGCCACCCACAGUUUCAACAUCUGGUCUUGCUCCAUCGAGCACUACGAGACAGAUCACAAGACAGCUGGAUCCUCAGGCUUCUUGUUCCUCCUUUCAUCAUCCUUUUGUGGUUUUUAAUGUGAAGACCCCGAAGGAUUCCAUUACGUAAUUAUUUUGCCCUUGUUCUAAAUGUUACCCUAGGAAUUGUUUUAACCAUUUCUUCCUCUAACCUCUCUAGCUUUCAACUUCACUUAAUCGUUGUGUGGCAGCUCUGACCUGUCCUGAUUCCUUCAGGAAGCUGAGCACAGUUUAUGAAAUACAAAAAGGUUUUCUUUGUUGUCUCAGGCAGAUUGGCUGAUCAGAUAGGAAGCAUUCAUGUAACAAGUUUCCCUGGGUGGGUGUUAGAUAUACUCUAAGAAGGAGGCUUUUUCAGCCUUGCUCUUUGAGUAGGUUAGUUAUCUCUCUUAGAGCCACUUUUAUUGCAACUCGUUUUAUUUUCCCAGGACACAGAUUGACCAGGCCGUUGUUGCUCCUAUGCAGGAUUAGAGUGGUCAGUCUACCAGGGCGCGGUGUGGAGUGGGCCACUGGCCUCUCCUGGGAUGCAGUCCCCAUUUGAUUCUUGGCUGCCACCAUGCUUGGAGAUUCUUAUUUGAAAUUAUGCUCCCCUUGGUUUGUUCUGCCAUGGACCACAAGAGAAUGCGAUUCCCAGAGGAUCUAGGAACCUGUGGCCCUAGUGCUGCCUCUGAAUAGGCAGCGUUCAGAGCACACCUGAGCCCUCUCCUGGGCUGGUGAUAUCAGAAACCAGACCCUCUUCUAUACCUUUCUGAGUAUCAGAGUAGGAUGAGCACCCAGAUUCAAAAAAGUCGCCACCAAAAGUUGGUGGUGGGCCUCCCCUCCCCCACUGCUUUAGGCCAUCAUGCAUGAGAAUACGUUUCAAAGCACCUUCACAAGUGGCCUUGAUUUACCCUAAGUGGUGCAAGGAGGGCGUGAGAGAGCUCCCAAGGCAAGGAAAGUUUUCCCUCUCCAUUAGUGUGUCCUUUCUGCCUCUUCCACCUUUUUUCAGCUCCCAAAGGUACUAUGGCAAUUUAGCCUCAGGUACUGGACGCUUCUCAGGCCUGGCUAGGAUGAGAUACACAUUUUGGAAUAGGAAACGUGAUGGUAAGUGUCCGUCAUAGCCCAGGGCCUGGGUUUCCUUCAUGAGACUAGUUGCUCAGGGUGGUGCAGGGACAGGACCAGACCCUGUGCCCACUCCCUACCCUCUUCUCCCCAGCGUGGGGCCCACAUCAAGGUUAAGCCACUGUCCUCCCCUAACGACCACCUAGCCUGCGUGUGCCUUUUCCUCACCAGGGAGCAGUGGUGGGCUAUUCCUGACCCAGGCCUGGGGGUCAGCUCCUGGGGUGUUCAUCCGGGGAGGAGAACGCUUAGGAGUAGCCAGGAGAAAGGCUGCUGUUCCAUUACCCUUCUCAGGGACUCCUGAAUGUCCAGCCUCUUCAGGCUCCUAUCCUGUCGCCUCCCCCACGGGAUAUGCUGGCAGCCGGGAGAGCCAGGAUGACCAGGUUUUUCCCGAAGCUCCUUACCACUUUUGUCUAAAAUGUUGUUGAGCACUGUAUUUCCUACACAAAACUGUGACUGGCCAUGUCACUGCAGGGCUGAUGUGUGUGUAUGCGUGUGUGUUUCCUCCUGGCCUUUGUGGGUUCCAAGUGUGUGAGUGAGUGUGUGUGUGUGUGUGUGUGUGUGUGUGAGUGAGUGACAGGGAGAGGCUGAGAUCCUUUGGACAUGGGAGCUGUGUGCCCUCCAGUUGCUGAGCUGGUGGGCACCUCCUGACAGAGGAGGUGUAGUCUCUUGCGUCUCCAGUGCCUUCAUUAUGUUGGAGGAAGUCCAGGGACCCAGACCCACCCAGCAGGCACCACCUGGGUUUGUCAGCCGUUAAAAUGGGGAAGCGUGUGUCCUACAGAGUGUGCUCUUGCUUCCAGUGUCUCCCAGGCCCUUCCCCUGUGCUGUAACAACAUUGCUGCCGGGGGUGGGGUGGGCUGGGUGGUGGAGGUGGGAGGCGGGGGUGCAGUGUUUUCAAAGGGACCUGCUGUAGCCACUUUAAUUUAUGAUCAUGAGCCUUAGUUUGACUUAACAUUUGUGAGCUUUCCAUUCCGUGUAUAUCUGCAUGUGGUAACACCCAGCCUGGCAGAGGUGGGCAGAAUGUCGUAAUGAUAUGUUGCUAGAUGUCUCAUUGGCCGCUGCAAAACCUGUACUGUCUUAUUUCUGCAUUAGAAGUAAGUAGUCAUGUGAAUAUACUGCCAUGUCACUUUUAAUAUUACCAGUUUUAUACUUGGAAAAUGGUACUUGCCUCCUUUAAAUCUUUUCUGUCUUUAACCUCCCCCUUCCCAUCUCAAGCUCCCCUCCUAAUUGCAGCAAUAAUCUCUUAAAAAGCAAUUAAGUAAUUAAAUGUCCCAAAUCCUAA